AUGUCAAGUUGUCUCGAUGCAUGCAGGUGUCAUGACUGUUAUGGAUGCUGUCCUGAUUGGGAGGUUUUCAAUGUGGUCAAAGAGAAAAGGAAUUUGAUAUCAUCUAUUGUUGCUGGAGCACUGUUUUCAAUCGGUUGGUGGAUUGUCAUAGAUGCUGCAUGCCAGUAUCCUGAUCAAGAAAAUUUUCAUCAUGCCUGUCACACAUGUGGAGUUAUAUCAACUAUAGCUUUGUUCAUGAUUAACUCAGUAUCAAACAGUUUGAUUCGGGGAGAGAACUACACGGAUGGAUGUAUUGGAUCAACUGGUGCCAGGAUCUGGUUGUUUACAGGAUUUGUGCUAGGAUUUGCUGCUUUGAUUGCUGCUUCUUGGAUUCUAUUUGGCGUCUAUGUUGUGCCUGGUAAAGCGAUUGUAUGGCCUGGAGUCGCAAUAUUUCUUCAGAAUUUUUUCAUUUUCAUGGGGAGUAUGGUGUUCAAGUUUGGUAGGACUGAAGAUAACUGGGGUUAG